AUGGAAUCGGUUCCGACGACUCCAACUAAGGUUAGGCAUCAGUCAAGCUCUAUACCCUCUCCGAAAGUGGGCUCUCAUUCACCUAGAGAGUAUAAAAAGAGAAAUACGAGUGCUGUAAGGCCCUAUUCACAGAAUGGGACUCAUGUACCUUCUACGCAGUUGAAGAGUGAUGGAAAAUCUCAUUUAACAUCGUUUUAUAAGGAAAAUAUCAUUGAACUAAAUCAAUUACAGGAUAUUUUGUUUCAGAAGAAGGCUCAUUUGGAUUCCUUGACGGAUGAAAUGAAUGAGUGCAAGGCAAAAUAUAGGGAUGUGGAGUUUAAAUGGGACACUUUGGUUGAGGAGAAGGCGCUGAAGUACCAGCAGAUCAACUUGAAGUCCAAUGAGUUGACAAAAUUAAAAGAAGAGCAGACAUCCAGAAGAAAAUUUAUGCAUGACGGCCAUGGACUUCAUUUGCAACAAUUAAGAGCUAAGAAUGAGGCUGAUUUGAAUAGGAUCGCGAGUGAUUAUCGUGCCAAAAUCGAAGUACUGCGAUUUGCAAAGAUUCAAAAAUUCCAAAAUGAGAGAGAUACCCUGUUGAACAGUGUGGAAGAAGCCAGGAAUAAAAUUUCUAUGAACAGCGAAAUCCUUAGAAGUAUGCUACAGGAACGAGAAAGCAAACAUAGCCACGAGAAAGAGAUCUGGUUACAAAGAUACCACGAUAAAUGGAAAGCUGAUGUCGAAAAGAAUGAAGAGAUAACGGAUGAGAUAGUUGAGUUGGAACGACAGGUGAUAGGAUCUUUGAGGCCCGAAGCCCAGAGAGAAAGAAAGAAACUUGACAGUAUCAAAGAAAAAUACCAAAAUUUGCAACAGGAAUUAGCAGAGCAGGAAUCGAAAAGCGUCGAACUGCGUCAGCAAACAGCUCAAAAAAUUCAGGAUACUAAACAUCUGAAGGAUUGCAAAAGGGAAUUGGAACAAUACAUUCAAAAUACUAAAGUGGAACUUGAACAAAUCAGUGAAAUUAUGGUCAAAGAAGAAUCGAUGAGACGUACCUUGCAUAACGAACUUCAAGAACUGAGAGGCAAUAUUAGAGUCUUCUGCAGGGUACGGCCGCCUUUACCAAGAGAAAAUGCAACUUCGAACCAUUUAAAAGUUCGCGAAUUUAAUGACGAUGCAGGCAAUCAAGUUAUUGAAGUUGCAAAAAAUGGUUACGGCUCAGGGCCUCAGAUCUUCAAAUUUGAUAGAAUCUUCAAUGAAAAAGAAACCAACUAUGAUGUUUUCCAGGAAAUUGGGCAGUUGGUUCAAAGUUCAUUAGAUGGUUACAACGUUUGCAUCUUUGCAUACGGACAGACCGGAUCUGGGAAAACUUAUACGAUGCUUAAUCCCACGGAUGGUAUCAUACCAGCGACAAUAACUCAUAUCUUCAACUGGACGAAAAAUUUGAAGGAACGUGGUUGGAGAUACGAUGUUAGUUGCCAGUUUGUGGAGAUCUAUAAUGAAACGAUAGCCGAUUUGCUUCGGCGUGAAGAGAAACCAGCAGGUUCAGCUUCAGGUGAUGACACCAACAGCAACACCAAACUGGAGAUACGACACAACCAGGAGACCAAGGAGACAACGAUCACUAAUGUGACAACUGUCCCUCUCACAUCAAAAAACACGGUAGACGAACUUUUGAAAAGAGCAAAUAAGUUGAGAUCUACUGCUUCAACAGCUUGCAAUGAACGAUCAUCACGUUCGCAUAGCAUCUUUAUCGUUCAUUUGAGCGGUGAAAACGUGCUGACUGGCGAAAGAUCUCACGGUAUUUUAAACCUGGUUGACCUGGCAGGCUCAGAGAGAAUCAACACUUCACAAGUCAUCGGAGAGCGUCUGAGAGAGACGCAGAGUAUUAACAAAUCUCUCAGUUGCCUUGGUGAUGUCAUUCACGCUUUAGGUAGUGCAGAUGCUUCCAAAAGACACAUACCUUUUAGAAACUCGAAAUUGACGUACCUUCUACAAUAUUCGCUCACAGGAAACUCCAAGACGCUCAUGUUCGUCAACAUAUCGGGAAACCCCAACCACACAAAUGAGACUCUCAACUCCUUGAGGUUCGCAUCCAAAGUAAACUCGACCAAGAUGGUCGCACGAAAUACAAAUUUAUAA